CAUUUGGCGGGGAAUACGCACGCCAUACUCUUUCUGAGUGCAUUCAAAAGUUUGGCUAAAUAGUCAUACAUUUUAUCUGGCCAAAACAUGUCAGGUUCUCCAAAGGAAAACGAACCCUUUGAUGAUGCUGUGGAAGAGAGAAUUAUCAAUGAAGAAUACAAAAUUUGGAAGAAGAACACCCCGUUCUUGUAUGAUCUAGUGAUGACCCAUGCUUUAGAAUGGCCAAGUCUCACAGUACAGUGGCUACCUGAUGUAACAAAGCCAGAAGGCAAAGAUUAUUCAGUCCAUCGUCUUAUUCUUGGAACUCACACAUCUGAUGAACAGAAUCAUGUUGUGAUAGCCAGUGUACAACUACCAAAUGAUGACACACAGUUUGAUGCCAGUCACUAUGACAGUGAGAAAGGAGAAUUUGGUGGUUUUGGUUCAGUUAGUGGUAAAAUAGACAUCGAAAUAAGAAUCAACCAUGAAGGGGAGGUAAACAGAGCUCGCUUUAUGCCACAAAACCCAUGUAUAAUAGCAACCAAGACUCCAACUGCUGAUGUUCUUGUGUUUGAUUACACUAAACAUCCAUCUAAGCCAGAUCCAAAUGGUGAGUGUAAUCCUGAUCUGAGAUUAAAAGGACACACAAAAGAGGGAUAUGGACUGUCUUGGAAUCCUAAUGUCAAUGGACAUCUACUCAGUGCAUCAGAUGAUCAUACUAUUUGCCUUUGGGAUAUCAGUGCAACUACUAAGGAACAGAAAACUGUGGACGCAUCCAGAAUAUUUACAGGGCACGAAGCUGUGGUAGAGGAUGUAUCCUGGCAUCUCCUCCAUGAAAGUUUAUUUGGAUCAGUUGCAGAUGACAAACGUUUAAUGAUAUGGGACACUCGCCAGUCUGGAAGUAACAAACCAGCUCAUAAUCUUGAAGCACACACAGCAGAAGUGAAUUGUUUAUCAUUCAAUCCUUACAGUGAAUUUAUUCUUGCUACUGGUUCUGCUGAUAAGACUGUAGCUCUUUGGGAUUUAAGGAACUUAAAUUUAAAGCUGCACUCAUUUGAGUCGCACAAGGAUGAAAUCUUCCAGGUACAAUGGUCUCCUCAUAAUGAAACCAUUCUAGCAUCCAGUGGUACUGACAGAAGYCUUCAUGUCUGGGAUCUUAGUAAAAUUGGCGAAGAGCAGUCUGCAGAAGAUGCUGAGGAUGGCCCCCCUGAACUCUUGUUUAUUCAUGGUGGGCAUACUGCUAAAAUCUCUGACUUUUCCUGGAAUCCCAAUGAAUCAUGGGUGCUGUGUAGCAUUUCAGAAGACAACAUAAUGCAAGUUUGGCAGAUGGCUGAAAACAUUUACAAUGAUGAAGAAAUAGAAACACCAGCAUCUGAAUUAGAAGAACCGGCUGCUUAGGGAUCAUCAUUUGCCGUCUUCACAAUGGCAUUUGACUGCAACAGUACGCUAUCCUGACCAUAUUUUGUACUUACAUCAAGACAUUGGCUCUACAGGUUUUUAUACUGUUUUACUCUUAUUGAAUGUAAAAAUUUCUUCAUGUCCUAUUGAUUGUUAAGAACUGUUAUUACAAGUGCCAACAAAAUAUGUCAACUAUGUACAUGUAUGUCAAAGUUGAUGUUCAUCAGUUACUAUAUACAUCAUGCUGGAAACUUCUGAUUAUGCAAAUUUUCUUUUCCCUUUUUUAAACUAUUUUGUUAUAACAAAAGGGUCACUGAAGUCGUAAUACUUUAGCAACUGUAGCAUUGUAUUGUAGAUAUGUCUCUUUAAAAUAAAGUAAUGUAAGAAUUGAA